CCGGGCAGGGAGGAGCCGCUGCUGCUUCUUGCCUCUUUCCAGCAGCAGGAAAGUUUGGGCCAGGCCCGGUCGGGGCCAUGGCCAAGUCCUACGACCACCUCUUCAAGCUGCUGCUAAUCGGGGACAGCGGCGUGGGCAAGACCUGCCUCAUCAUCCGCUUUGCCGAGGACAACUUUAGCAGCACCUACAUCUCCACCAUUGGGAUUGACUUCAAAAUCCGGACUGUGGAGAUUGAGGGGAAGAAGAUCAAGCUCCAGGUCUGGGACACAGCGGGACAGGAACGGUUCAAAACCAUCACCACGGCCUAUUACCGAGGAGCCAUGGGGAUCAUUCUCGUCUACGACAUCACAGAUGAGAAGUCCUUUGAGAACAUCCAGAAUUGGAUGAAGAGCAUCAGGGAGAAUGCCUCGGCAGGCGUGGAGCGCCUGCUGCUGGGGAACAAGUGCGACAUGGACGGCAAACGCAAGGUGCAGCGGGACCAUGCGGAGAAGCUGGCCAAGGAGCACGGGAUCCGGUUCUUUGAGACCAGUGCCAAGUCCAGCCUGAACGUGGAGGAGGCUUUCACUACGCUGGCCCGGGACAUCCUACUGAAGUCCACCAAGAAAGUGGGCGCGAGCAGCAAGGGGCACCUGGACCUGGCAGCCUCGCAGAAGAAGAGUGGCAGCAGAUGCUCCGUGGCCUAGCGCCCACAACCACCUGGAGCCCCAAUCCUGAGACCAUAGCCCUGUGCCACCCUCGCCCCCUCCUGCUGCUCCGGGACUGUGCGGGUCACACCCCAGAGCUGCCGGGCCAAUACUUGGGGCUGGAGCCCCCGGACACUGUGCAGGGCGGGAGCAGAGCGAGCCGGGGGCACCCGUGGACUGAGGGUGGCUGUGAGCGGAGCGAAGCGGCGCCUGUGCUAGCCCCAGGGGGUCAGGAUCCCAGACCCGCCGCGGGGCUGGGAGCCUCUGUGCCACCGCCUGUCGCAGCAGCGCCAGCCACGGUCCCCAGUCACUGUGAUAAAGCCCUGGGUUGUCA